CGUCUGGCAGCCCCCGCGGAGAAGACGCGGUCUGGCAGCACCGAGCGCUGAGUUCUGCACCUAACCGAGUUCAGAGAGUUCAAGAAAGGAAGUCUUCUGGAUGGAUGGCUGCUGGAAACCCAUUGCCGUAGCCAGCUCUUCUUCUGUACUCAAGGAGUUACCCUGGCAUUGAGUAAUGAGAAUUUCGAAAACAUAUUUGAGAAGUACUUCCAUCCAAUGCUACUUGUGUUUACUUUUAAAUUGUCAUUUUCUAACCGAGGCUGGCAUUCAUGUCUUCAUUUUGGGCUCUAUCAGUGCAGGUCUUCCUAAAACAGAAGCAAACUGGGGGUUUGUAAUAAAGGAUUUGGAAAAAAUUGACAAUAUUAUUCAAUCUAUACAUAUUGAUACCACUUUAUAUACUGAAAGUGAUGCUCAUCCCGGCUGCAAAGUCACAGCGAUGAAGUGCUUUCUCCUGGAGUUACGUGUUAUUUUGCUUGAGUUCAGUCAUCCUGACCUUAAUGAAACAAUACCUAACAUUAUCAUCCUAGCAAACAGUAGUUUAUCUUCUAAUGCGAACAUAACUGAAACGGGAUGCAAAGAAUGUGAGGAACUGGAGGAGAAAAAUAUUAAAGAAUUUUUUCGGAGUUUUUUACAUAUUGUACAAAUGUUCUAUAAUUCUUGAUUGUAACUGAUCCUCUUCAGCAUAUCUGCUAUUAACAAACAUCUUCCCACGACUUAAAGCAGUGAAACCCUCUGCAGUUCACAUGGGCUGCCCAAACCAGUUUUUCUAACAAGAGGAUAAUCCAGAAUCUUGAAUUGGAUGAACUCUUGGAAAUGAAGGCGAAAAAUGGCAUUGAAUUACGUGGUGUCUAUAAACUGUCCUCAUACUUAUUUUGUUCACUUAUUCUUAAUUUAUUAUUGAAGUUGUACAUAUUUGUGGCAUAAUAUAAAGUAUUGAAUAAAACUAUGUACCUACUUUAUCCUUUGAAAUUGCACUGAUAUUUACCCCUUGUAAGGACAUAGGGGACAUUCCUUCAAGGGCAAGAGGGGAAUUACACAGCUGGUGGGCCUGAGCACCACUGGGGAAGGUCAGCUGUGUGCUCCAGCCAGUUAGGAACCCCUAACCACCAGCCUUCAUUCACCUCUCCGGUGGGUGUCCCACAAGGAGGAAGAAUUAACUCCCAAUGAGGAAGGAGAAAUAGGUGCGGAAUGGGUGCUUUACUCUGCAACAUAGUUAUUGAUAUCAAAAGCACCUGUUACUAAAGACAGUGCACGAACCUGGUAUGUAUGAUGCAUCAGUAAAUCUUGGGUGGGAAUGGUAAUAAUAAACCUUCACUGGUAGGUAGAAUCGUGUAUAGAGAACUCAUGAUUGUAAUGAUGUUAAUAUUUCAUGCUUUCCUGAGUGCAAGUGUUUUAUUUUCACUUUUUUUUGCCAUGUUUGUAUAAUAAAAAAAAAAACUGUUGAUUUGUUAGAGCCAACAUUAUCUGACAUAAAAUAAUUGUUUAUAUAUUUUUGCACUAUACUGUCUGAAAUUUACAACUUUUUUUAAAUAAAACUAUGACUAAAAUGAAA